AUGUCCAGAAAACAAGAAUAUAUUGCCAAAUUAAAGUAUCGUAAUACUUUACCAGCUCCAUUAUUACCACCUAAAUUAAUGAAGUAUACAGAAAUUCCACAAGAACAAGUGGAUUCUCCAGAAAUAAUUUCUUCUCUUUAUACAAAAACGACUGUUUCUUCAUUAGUCAAUGUUGAUAAUGAUUUGGGUUUGCCACUGGAUUUAAUGAAAUUUCCAGGUUUAUUAGAUAAAAUGGAUACUAGAUUAUUAUUUGGAUAUGAAGGUAUCAAACUGGACCCAAAAGAUAGAGUUCUGCUUAGAGACCCAAGAAUGGAUAGAUUAACAAAGACUGAUAUUUCAAAAGUUAAUUUCUUGAGAAGAACUGAAUAUGUGUCGAGUGUAAUCACAUCUGGUAAUAAUACUAACACUAGUACUAAUUCAAAUGGCAUAAAUAAUAGAAAACGUGGUUAUCCUGGAAGAUCUAAUGAAGAUGAUUUAGAAAAUAUAUUAAACUCUUCACAAAUAACUGAAAGAGUUGAAAAUACGUUUAAUUCUAUUUCCAAAGAUUUAAAAACAUUGAAACAUCCUGUAAAAAAAAAUUUACAUGCUGUUAAGACAUGGUCGCUGUUACCGGAUACUGCAUCUAUGGACCAAAGUUAUUUCACUCUAAGAUUAACAGGUAGUGCAUUGUUGGACCCAAAGGAGAAAAUAACUUUAAACUUAUCCACUGCAUUAUUCAGACCAGUGGAACUGGAAGAAGAUGAAUGGAUUUCAAUGUACACAACUGAUAAGGAAGGAUCUAAUAUAUUGGAGAAUGAAGUAGAAAAGAAGAUCGAUGAAACAUUAAAUAAAGAAAAUUCAGAAGAAGAUAGAAUUUACAAGUUUAAAAGACUAAGAGACUUUGAUAUGAGACAAGUACCAAAUACCACUAACAGUGGGUCCUUUGGAGAACUAGCGUUGAUAUUUAAUGAUGAAGAUAAUAUCGCAUAUUACAAACCACUACGUUCAAGAAUCGAAUUGAAACGUAGACGUGUCAAUGACGUUUUAAGGCCAAUUGUUAGAGAAAAUAAUAUUGAUCAAAUAAAUAUUUCUUUAAGAAACCCAACUACACAAGAAGCUAAUUCAAGGGAUAAUUUAAGGACUAGAUUUGAUCCAAUUAAUUUCCCAAGUGUAGAUGAAGAAUUUGACAAUAAUGAUGAUAAUAACAAUAUAAAUGACGAAUAA